CUAGUAGUGGUGAGAGUCAGAAUUAAAUGUCAUCUUCCUUCUCAAGGAAAAUUAAUUAAUUAAUAAAAAUAACCUCGAAACACACACUUCAAUUCCAAUAAUUUUUCCAGAAAUCUUUGGCUCAAAACUACACGGAUCUUCUCACCAUGCUGCCAGAUGAAGAAGAUUCAGUUGUGGUAAACAACGGAACUACUCAGUUAAGCCUAUUGCCACUUGCGAAGCUCAAACGCUGGCAAUGGUGGCUUCUUGUUGCCUUUAACGUAUCUUUUCUCAUUAUUGGUCAAAUUGCUGCUGUUCUUCUUGGUCGAUUUUAUUAUGACCAUGGUGGAAAUAGUAAAUGGAUGGCUACACUUGUUCAAACCAUAGGAUUCCCGAUCCUUUUCAUUCCGUAUAUUAUUAUUCCAUCAUCUAAACAGUCAUCGAGUACAUCCGCCCCGUCUUUCUCACUACCAGUUAUUUUUGUCAUCUAUAUAGUUGUUGGUGCUCUAAUUGCUGGCGACAAUAUGUUAUACUCUGUGGGAUUACUAUACCUCUCGGCCUCGACUUACUCACUUAUUUGUGCUACCCAAUUAGGGUUCAAUGCAAUAUUUUCGUAUUUCAUAAAUUCCCAAAAGUUUACUGCUUUAAUUUUUAAUUCUGUGGUGAAUCUUUCAUUAUCUGCCGCUUUGAUUGCAACUAAUGAUGAUUCUGAUAAACCGUCUGGAGUCACAAAAGGGAAAUACAUUCUUGGUUUCAUAGCUACACUUAGUGCUUCUGCACUUUACUCCCUUUUACUUUCCAUCAUGCAACUUACCUUCCAAAAAGUCAUUAAAAAGGAAACGUUUUCUGUGGUUCUUGAGCUUCAAAUUUAUACAUCCUUCUUUGCCACCUGUGUUUCUACUGUGGGUCUUUUUGCUAGCGGUGAGUGGAGGACUUUGAGUGGUGAAAUGGACAGUUUUAGCAAGGGGGGUUUGGCUUAUGUGAUGACUUUGGUAUGGACAGCUGUGGCUUGGCAAGUGUGUUCGGUUGGGGUCGUGGGGUUGAUUUUUGUGGUGUCAUCUUUGUUUUCAAAUGUGAUUAGUACUCUCUCAUUGGCUCUGACACCUCUGGCCGCAGUGGCUGUGUUUCAUGACAACAUGAACAGUGUAAAGAUAAUUGCUAUGCUACUGGGCAUUUGGGGUUUCUGUACUUACAUUUAUCAGAAUUAUUUAGAUGAUCUUGCGGAUAAGAGGAAACAAACGGAUGCUACUGGGGCAGUUUUAUCAGAAGCAUCUUCACCAUUGCUAGACUGAGCAUCUACAUAAGCAGGAAACUUGCACCUCCAGAUGCACAAGAUGAGGUAUGUUUUGACUUUUGGGGUCAAACGAGUCGAUUUUAAAUUGAAAAUUCAUAUAUUUUGGGAAAAAGAUUAACAUGAUGCUGUUUUGUCACAGCAACCUAUUGGUUACAUGUUUUUAUAAAAAUCAAUAGUAGUCGAUUUCAAGCUGAAAACUCAUACAAUUCGUUUGACCAUAGAGUCAAAAUAGAUCAAUGGAGGUAGUAGGUUUUCUCUUAACAGGUAAUGCUGUCGUGGGAAAAAGAGUGUUGCUAUUGUUGUAAUUUGGAUUUUAUAUGCUCCGUAUUUGAUAAGAUGUAUAAGUAUAUUAUAUAAACUAUAAUGGUUACAAAUGGAGAAUUGUAAUGAAAUUGUAAAAAGGAACCAUAGAAAUCUUCUUCUGUCACAGACGAAUAGAACGAACUCUUGUGUAAA